AUGGCAGAUGAGGAAGAUGCUAGAUAUAGGAGUUAUUUUGAUGAAGAUGAGGAGCUUGAUGAUGAAAAUAUAGAGGCUGAAACUCAAGUUAGGCCAAGGCAGGCUAGGAAGAGGGUAGGGGCCCCUGUGCAAGCUGAUUGGGAUAAAGCAAGUGUUUUUGUGAAGUUUCUGAAGGUUUUCUACGAUGUCACAAUUAGUGUGAGUGCACAGCUUCACCCUACAUCAAAUGAAGCCUUCCAUGACAUAGUCACAGUCAAGGCAGAGCUUGAUGAGCUAUUUCACAAGCCCAUAGAUAGUGAUUCAAGUGAGAGUGACAAGGUGUUGUUUGGUAUGGCUAACAAAAUGAGGGCCAAGUACAAGAAAUACUUUGGAUCCCUCGAUGACAUCAAUGAGUUGUUUUUUGUUGCACUUGUCUUGGAUCCGAGAUAUAAACUGAAGAAUUUUGAUUAUGUGUGUGAAACCAUGCUUUACAUAGGAAGUGAAGAGAUUAAGAGGAGAUCAGAUGAAGUGAAACAGCUUGUGCUAGACUUGUGUGAUCUGUAUGCAACUUCUAAUAGCGAUCAGAUUGCAUCAAAGAGAAAAAGAAGUGUGGGAGAAGUCCCUAGUAGCAAACCAACACCAAUUGUGCCCACAGGAGAGUUAACCAGGAAAAGGGCUGCUAUGCUAGACUUGUGGAACAAGCAGCUUGAAGGUGAGGCAGUGGUGGUUAGAAGAGAGGUUGAUAGAUACUUGCUUGAUCCCAUAGAGAAGCCUCAAGACAAUGAAAAUUGGAAAAUUUUGGAUUGGUGGAGGGUUAAUGGUUCAAAGUAUCCUAACUUGCAAGCUGUAGCAAGGGAUGUUUUAGCAAUCCAAGUUUCCACAGUAGCUAGUGAGAGUAGUUUCAGCACAGGGAAGAGGGUAAUUGAUCCACAUCGGAGUUCAUUAACUCCUAGAAUAGUUGGAGCCCAAUCUGCCUCCAAAAUUGGCUCAAAUCUGAUGCAAUAA